AUGGAAAGUAGGAUAUGUCAAAUACUAGCUCUGGUGAUUGUUCUUUCGGUUGGAAUGAUACAAAUGACCCCCAGAACACCUCGACAGCUUCCUGGCGGAUCAGCUCGACCGAUUCCGCUGGAGGAACUGAAGCAGGACGAACAUAUCAACAGAGUCAACCGUAUUUUUGCUGCAUCGGGAGGCUAUAAGCCGGCUAAACCAGAAAUUCUCAGUGGAACCGUGCAGUUGGUUGCAGGAUCCCGUUACGUUUAUACUGUUUCGUUUUUGGUCAACGGAGAAUCCCAAGUUUGCGAUAUAUCAGCAUGGGAGCGACCAUGGCUAGAGGAAGUUGAGCCUAACGACGCCUAUAAAUAUGAAAAUAAGUGCAAUUAA